GUUUUUUAAGGUGCCCACAAUUGGCAUUCGAGUAACAACCUCAGAAGAGGAGCAAACAAACUUUAUUCUCUGCAAUGGCGGGACGCGAACUAACAGUAACACCGACGAAACGCGAGCGACGCAAAUCCCCAGCCAUGGCCAGUUGCAGCAGCGGCUGCAGCACUUCACAACAACCGCCACCGCCGCCGCCUCCAAUGUCACCAUCCUCAUCUGUGGCAGACACAACAUUCGAGCCAACAGUCGAUAUGAUGGUGAAUGAUUUCGAUGAUGAAGCCACCUUAAAUGAGGAGGAAGCGCUUGCAGAUUUGGAGGCGCACAAUGUGGAGGACGAGAUAGCGACGUUGCGUGAAGAGAGCGAAAUGCCCAUCGAACUGUUGCUGGCCAAAUAUGGCAACAUGGAAGGAUCUGCCCUGGGACGACCCUGCAGUAGCAGCAGCAGCGGCGGCGGCAGUGGCUCAACUUCGAGCAGGGGGCGACGACGUGCGCCAAAGAGGUCACUGGAGGAGGACGAGCGGGAGCAAGAGCAGCCGGCAGAGCCAAACCAGGCUGAGCCGGGAAGUCCCAUGAAAUACCAUGAGGGCGCUUUGGACCUGGAAGACCUGCCUCCAGAACUAGCGAAAAGGUCUCAUCGUUCGCAUUUGCUCGAUCUAUAUCCGGAGCAACAAGCCUUAGACGAGUUGGAAAGCUUUACUCCACUGGAAACGUUGCUGGAGCAAGCCGAGGACGAGGACCAGGAGGAGGAUAGCGACACGGAUUCAGAUGACACUAAGAAGAUGAUAAUGAUUGGUCCCGAAUAUCAAGCUGAGAUACCUGAAGGACUCGCACUAUAUGUCGCCGAUGUAUUGCCCUAUGAGAAUGAGGAUCAAUUGAUUUGGGCCCCCAGCCAGGUGAGCGAGCGGGAUGUCGAGGAUUAUCUAGCUAAGAUACAGGAGACGCGUGCAGGCGAGGAGGACGUGGUAGCCGAAGAGACAGAACGAAACGAUCUGGAUGAGAUGGUACCGCUAACUCUUAAUCCUGCAGUAGAUGCAGCCGUAGCUGCAGAUCCUGUGCCUUCUUCAGCUCCUACCCCUCAGGCCAUAGCCGAUGGGGAAACCGUGGUCAAGGACAACGAGCAAGCUCUGCACCUCCUCGUGCAAUGUGGCUAUGACUUCAAGGAGGCCCUGCGUCGGAAGCGCAUGAAUGUUCUGCCCCUCAGCGACACGAUGAGCAGCUGGUCGGAGGAGGAGUGCCAAAAGUUCGAGGAGGGCAUCCAAAAAUUUGGCAAGGAUUUCUAUCAGAUAAGGCAAAACCAGGUUCGCACGCGUACCAUGCGCGAACUGGUUCAAUUUUACUACCAGUGGAAGAAGAGCGAGCGCCGGGAUCAGGCCUUUGCGCUUAACGAUACUAUUGAUCAUAUGGAUGUGUUCAUUAACGAAGGCGGUAAUGGAAAUGGGAAUGGGAAUGGAAAUGGCAGUUGCUCAUCUCUAGUGAGCAGCGGCAGUAGCAGCAAUGGUCACAGCAAUGGCAAUGCUGCUGUGGACGAAAAGGAUGCAGCCAUGGUAGCAGUGGCAGUGGGAGCAGCAGCAACAACGACGCCAGCAGCGGGCGUCAAUAAAAAAUCCACAACGAAAAAUUAUUCCAUUAUGACUGGCGGCACUACGGCAGCUGUGACCACUCGCAAGCAUGGCAUCUCUUUCGCACUCGAAGAGGACGAUAUGGAGCAGGAGAAUGGAGUGGAUAGCUUAAGUUAAGGUCAAACGAAGGGACAAUUACAGGGUGGGCUAAUUGGGAGCAGAGCAUUUGAGCCAAAUGCGCAGGCGCUUGAGACUCAACGAUGGCUGCUGCUGCGAAUAGGAUGUGGCAUUAAUAGUAAGAAAAUCAAACAUUCAUUAUAAAA